UGGCACAAGAUGAGCGUUGCAAUUGGACAGGACAAACAAGAAGCGGACGAAGGAUACGAGUUGCUACUCGAGAAAGAUGUUUCAUCGGAAAAUGCUGACACUCUCACUGUUCCACCACGUCAAUUGCCAUCAGUCAGUUUUCCUGACGAUGAGAGCGAUGAGGACAAAUCAACAGCAACUAAACCUACUGCACUUCAAAAUCAACAGCAGACAAGACGGGCAUCCGAGUGGACUCGCGCACCAGGAGAAGCACAAACCAAGCGCAAAAAGCAUCUCAACUCUCUCCUAACUGCGACCGCCUUCCCACUCUUCAUGGCAAUCCUCGUCACAGUCAUCAAAGAUGGACGCAACUACACAUUCUACACUACACUCAUGCCUCUACUCUUCCUGAGUCUUGCAUUACAAAUAGCCAUCACAAUCGGAAUUGUCAUGAGAAACGGUAUGGCGCAUACCAAACAACCUCUGGACGUCGAGGCUGCAACUCUAGUGAAAAGACGACGGAUUGCAAAGCUGAAAGCUCGAUUUGACUUUGCUUUACAGAUUGCCACUACGCUGUCUAUUGCUCUCAAUAUGGCGGUUCACGCAUUUUUUGCUGCUCGCGUGUUGGAAACGGAUGGAGAGACAUCAACAGGCAACACUAGCAAUGUUUGA